AUGGGCAGGCCGGAAAAGGAGAGUACCGCACAAAUCGUCGUCAUUGGCGAAUCCGGCGUGGGGAAAACAUGCUUCACCGACAUGUUUCUCGAAGGCAAACCCUUCAUCUACUACAGCGCCAUAGGCCCCGACAUGCGCAGUCGCAACCUGACCAUCUCCAAUGAAACCUGGUCCUUGCACCUCAUGGACCUGAGCUCAACCGUACUGCGCGAUCCUGAUCCGACUUUCCAUUCCCAAUUCUUCGAGGAUGCGCUAGGUAAAGCGGAUGGUAUCGUGCUACUCUACGACAUUACUUCAGGAGAGAGUUUCGAAAAAGUGACAGAUGAUGCGUAUAUCUAUACAUGGAUGUGCCGUCAACUAGAAAAAUCUGCUGGUGAGAGAUAUCUCACAGGGAGGCAGAGGUUCGGGUGCGUCUUGGUUGGUAACAAAGCCGAUAUCGUGUCGGCUGAUCCGGAGAAGAGACAAGUCGGGGCCAAGAUGGCAGAACAGUGGGCGCACAGUCAGGGCUUCCGGCACUUUGAAGUAACCUCGAAUAAAAGGACAGAGGUAGAAGACUCAGUGGAAGCGCUAGUCAAAAGUAUCAAAUUAGCUAAGAAACAGGACGCAGAUGAGAUCGAAGAGAAAAAGAUCAGGGACAGGGAAAAAGAGAAAGAAUUGAAGAAGACUCAACGCAGUAAAGGAUCAAUUGGAAAUAAGCUCAAACUUGCAUUCCGAACCUCAAAAACAGGCUCGUGA